AUCUCCCCAUCGCCAGUACCAAGCUCGCAGUGUGGCAGCGGUGGUCUCAAGGCUCGAUUUAUCUUCGCUCAGCUUCUGCUAGAUUCGCGUGCCACUUAUCAAGCCUCCAUCAUCGUCCAUCAUAACGCUGACCCAGAAUAAUAACUCCACACCCUCUCGCGGUGCAUAUAACCGGUUUUGGGACGGGGACAGUGUGAAAUGCAACGAAUCGCCGUUGGUCAGUGCAUCGGUGCAUACGACCAGUGGCACUUGUGUUCGAGAUGGUCCUCCCGGUCUGGUUGGUUCUGUUCUGUGGUGUGGUGUGUUUGGUAGUGUAUCAACUUCGACGACUGCACAACUACUGGAAGGAUCGUAAUGUGCCAACGAUUCCGGCUUCCUUUCCGCUCGGCAAUUUCGGAGCACUUCGGACCAAAUCCUUGGCCGAAGUAUCGAUCGAACUGUAUCGUCAGAUGGAUCGCAAGGAACGGUUCUACGGACUCUCGAUCCUGCUUCAGCCAACGCUCAUGAUCACCGAUCUGGACCUCAUCAAAGCUGUGCUCAUCAAAGACUUUGCCUACUUCCCGGACCAUGGAGUGUAUCAUAAUGAGCGGGUUGAUGCACUGUCCUGCCAUCUGUUCUGUCUGGAAGGGGCCAAGUGGAAGACCAUCCGAUCGAAACUGUCGCCAACGUUUACGUCCGGUCGGAUGAAGGCAAUGUUUCCAAUUUUGCUGGAAGUUUCCAAAAACUUUGCGCAAUUCCUUCGCACCGAAGUGGGCAGUUCGGGUGAGCUGGAUGUGAAGGAUUGCUGUGCGCGCAUGAUGAUCGAUAACAUUGGUGGCUGUGCGUUCGGGAUUGAGUGUAACAGUUUCCAUCAGCCGAACAGUGCGUUCCGACGCACGGGAGAGCUUGUAUUCCACAGUCCACGCAAUUCGCAGCUGGUCAGUAAUCUGCUGCGGCUGUACCCCGUGCUGGGGCGUGUGUUUGGGUUGAAGGUGAACCACGACGAGGUGAUUGAGUUCUUUACCGGGCUGGUGCAGCGCACGGUAGCGAUGCGUGAGACGAGCCCUAACAAGCGUAACGAUUUACUAGAAAUGAUGAUCGAUUUGAGAGAUGGACAGAAUGGCGCCGCACUCACGAUGAACGAGCUGAUGGCGCAAGCGUUCGGAUUCUUCUUGGCCGGGUACGAAACUUCGUCCUCCAACGUGACCUUCUGUCUGUACGAGUUGGCACUUAAUGAGGCGUAUCAGGAGCGGGCAAGGGCUUGCGUUCAGCAGGCGCUACAAAAACAUGGCGGUUUAACGUACGAAGCGCUAGGGGACAUGGAAUAUCUCGAUCGUUGCAUUAACGAAACGCUUCGAAAGUAUCCACCACUACCGAUUGUACCGCGCAUAUCCUCCAAAGCGUACCGCAUCCCGGACAGUGACGUGAUCAUACCACCCAACAUGAAAAUCCACAUCCCGGUGUACGCUAUUCAGCGCGAUGAGCGGUACUAUCCCGAACCGGACCGAUUCGAGCCGGAUCGUUUUGCACCGGAACGGGUGGCCGAGCGACAUUUUAGCACAUUCUUACCGUUUGGGGAGGGUCCUAGAAUUUGCAUCGGGCAGCGUUUGGGUGUGAUGCAGUCGCGCGUUGGAUUGGCCACGGUGCUGUCUAACUUCCGCGUACGGCCGGGUCCUCGGACGCAGAUUCCGAUCGUGUACGCGAAGGAUGCGGUUACGCUACAGUCACAGGAUGAGGUGUUCUUGAAGUUGGAGCCUUUGUAGAUGCUUAAUGUAGAUGUUUUAAGGUACUUAAGGUUAAAUAGAUAGUUACUAAUAAAUGCAAUUAAAGUGUUCAAUAGUUUUUCAUCGAGGAAUAAUAAAUAUACUUAGCUUUACGAUCUUCA